AUGGUACAAGAUCCUCCAGCUCCGAUCAAUGCUAUGAUAUUAGAUCGUGUUCAAGGAUCAAUGAUUGGUAUGGCUUUGGGUGAUGCACUUGGUGCUCAUGUCAAAUUUCGAUCGCGAGACUAUCUCGUCAGAAAUCCAGUAACAGAUAUUAUAGGAGGAGGAACUCUUGAUCUAAAGCAAGGACAGUUUACCGACGACACUUCAAUGGCUCUCUGUCUUGCAAAUUCAUUAUUGGCUCGUCGAGAUUUCGUGCCAUAUGAUCAAUUGGUUCGUUACAAGUGGUGGUAUAAGCAUGGUUACAUGUCUUCCAACGGGAAGUGCUUCGAUAUUGGUACGGCUACAAAGGAAUCCAUUCAUGAAUUCGAACGUCGUCAAAAACAUAUUGCUAAGAAACAUAACAUUCCUCAUGAACAAUUAGAUUUUCUAUCAGAUCUUGAUUUGAUGAAGAACUUCGACGUAUUUUGCAGCCAUGACGGUGCAGCAGGGAACGGAGCAUUGAUGCGAUUGGCUCCUGUGCCCCUAUUUUUCCAUAAGUAUCCUACGGUUGCAGUGAAAUAUUCCGGUAUUAGUGGUCGCAUCACCCAUGGCGAUCAGAAGGUAUACGAUGCAUGUCGUUAUUAUGGUGCUCUGAUUGUGGCCGCUUUACACGGAGAAACUAAAGAAGAAUUGCUGUCGAAUGACUUCUAUGACAAGCACCGACUAUGGUUCGGCAAUGAAAUACUUCAUCCUGACAUCCAGCGCAUUGCUAGUGGAUCAUACAAGAAAGAACGUGGAUACGAUAAUGGUAUCCGAGGGAACGGAUAUAUUUUAAACGCUCUUGAGGCAGCCUUGUGGGCGUUUUGGAUCGACAAUGGUUCCUUCGAAAGUGGCGCUCUUAAUGCUGUCCACCUCGGCGAUGAUACAGAUACCACAACUGCUAUAUACGGUCAAUUAGCCGGUGCUUAUUAUGGUUAUCAUCACUUGCCCAGAAAAUGGGUAGCACGUCUCUAUGCCGAGGAAUUUAUCAGCGCCGUGAGUAAGUGGAUUGUUUAUGAAGGAGAGUUGUGGCAAACAAAAUAUCUCGAAUGA